UUUUUAAGAAACCAAAUGCCGGGAUGAAUGAAAGUAUAACAGGUGCUCCAAAGAAAGACGGUAUACCCAUCAUUCAAAUCGCUAUCGAUAUAGCAGGCUGCAGUCGUCGUUGUAUAAAUGUAGAGACGCUGAUGCGUUAGAAGAUCUCAAAGCUAGUGUAAAACAGCUGCUAUUGCUUCAAAAAUCUGCUUUGAAACCGCAGCAGAAAAAAAAAGAGAUCUUCCGCUUGUGUGCGGGCUGGUUGCAAUAUAUAAUCGUCUCCCUCCCCUUCUUUCUAUUAUUGUUUCCCACUUUUUGCUUUCUUCUUCCUUCACUCCACGCUUCUUGAUUCCUCCCCCGCCCCUUCCCACAUCAUCAUGCGCGAACCCAACUUGAGCUUUCCCAGUCAGAAUCGAGCCGCCGUGUGCAUCACUUCUGCCUUGUACGAUAGACGGGCGCUCGACUGCACUGCUACACUCCCAAUGAUCAACUCGCUGACUCAUCUUGCCUACUUGACCUCCACUUCGCCACGCAUUAGAGAAAUCUUAAUACUUGAUGGCGGCUUGGAACAGUUGGUGCGCAUUCUAUCCAGCCCACAUGUACAGCAACCCAUGACGAUGGCAACUGCUACAAAUGCAGCUUCACCACACGACCUACGGAGUCUGUGCCAAUGGUCACUUGCUUUCCAGUGUGUCGUUAACAUUGGUGUACGGGGCACGGAACAAAUCCGAACAAGGGUUGUUGAGGCCGGCAUGAUUACGAUUGUCCUCAAAGUGCUUCAGAACUUUUUACGAGCAUUGGAGGCUGCUCAAUCACCUGUUGUUCGGAGAAGCACAUUUCCAUAUGUGAAAAUUAGUGCAGAACAACGCCGACGCAACCGACGAGGAGGCGCAACCCAGCAACAUCACCAGCAUCAGCGUGAACAAGAAGGCUCACUGGUCAACAUGUUUUACCGCGAAGAAGAUAUCCUCAUGUCACUACAGCUGUUGGCGUACCUGUCGAAAUACCCUCAUAUUCGUCAGCUGUUUUACACUGCUUAUGACUGUAACGUAUUCUCUAUCGUCGAAAGAUUCACCCAUCGUGUGCAUCCGCAUUUGAUCCAGUAUUGGGCUGGUGUUAUCAUGCGCAACGCUUGUCGCAAGGAUGAAACGCAGGGCGGCAUCCGGAGGUGUGCAAACAUGCGUUGCGGAAAAUGGGAAACGAAACCUCGCGAGUUUGCAAAGUGUCGCCGAUGUCGUAAAGCCAAAUACUGCAGCAAAGCAUGCCAAAGCGAAGCCUGGAGCGACGGUCACCGCUGGUGGUGUGUCGAACGGCCGCCAUCUUCAAGUACUGCUGCUGUUGUAACCGCCACUGUCGCUAAUACUGAACCAGCAACAAACCAUGCAACUGUUGCUACCGCUCAAACAACGACUAACGACACCAACUCGACUCCAUCCAACACCGCCAUUACUGAAACUCCUGCAGCACCUGCACCGUCUAUUUCGUCAACGUCUCCAUCAGCAGAUCAACAACAGCAACAACAACAGCAGCAGCAGCAAGAGCUGCUCCAACCUAUGCAUCAUUAAUAAUCAAUCAUUUGCACUACACUCAACAGCAACGUCAUUCACUUAAUCAAUCACUUUUCACACUUCCUUUCCCUCCUAUUUCUUCCGGAUACUUACACAUAUACAUUACUCAUACAAAUCUCGCUCUCAACCUUUUUCCCUCUAACAACUCAUAAGUAUAUUACUAUCCAAGCAUAUCCCCCUUCCUUCUCUUUAUUUCAGCAAACUAAGCAUGAAUAAUAAAAAUGGCCUUGUACAUACUAUAGAAGGAAACGCGUAAUAAAGAGUAAAAACAAUGAAGAGCAAUAAUGAUGAUAAUAGUAGUAGUAGUAGUAGUAUUAUCUAUGCGAUAUAAAGAACAUGAAGAAGAGAGUGACAAACAACGGUCUGAGAUCAUUUUUUC